AUGGAGCUCCGAACUGUCAUCUUCUUCCUAGUACUCUACGUCGGUAUCCGCCUCUACCAAACCCGCCGCAACUCCUCCGCGCCCAUCAUGUCUCACGGAAAGGUCGUCAACAUCGACAACGAUGUCAUCUUCAAGGCCCUCACUUCCUCCGGCCCCACUGUUAUCGACUUCUACGCGACCUGGUGUGGUCCCUGCAAGGCUGUUGCGCCUAAGAUUGGCGAGCUGAGCGAGAAGUACACCAAUGUGCGCUUCGUUCAGGUUGAUGUUGAUAAGAUGCGCGGCGUUGCGCAACAGUACAAUGUUACUGCUAUGCCUACCUUUGUGUUCCUGAAGGAUGGCCAGGAGCUUGCUGAGAAGCGGGUUCGGGGUGCUGAUAUUCGGGCUUUGGAGGCUGGUAUUCAGGCUAUUUCUGCUUAG